AUGAGCAUUGCUGACAAUCAGAUUGUGCACCUUCCAGCAUCCAUUGGAAUGCUGUCUUCGCUUGCUACUCUUUGGGUCGAUCACAACCAAAUCUCUGAACUUCCUCCCUCCAUCGGCCAGCUCAAUAAUGUGCAAUCCCUUGCUCUCGACUUUAACCAGUUGAAUUCUCUUCCUAAUCAGUUCGGCGACAUGACAGCCCUUGUCACUCUGACAAUUUCUCACAAUUUAUUGAAGUACUUGCCUACAAGUAUUGGAAAUCUGCCGAAUCUUCGCAUUCUAGAUUUGAAUCACAACAUGCUGAGGUCUCUUCCUCAGACUGUUGGCUUUUUGAGGCUUAUGUCUGAACUCAAGUGCAACGCAAACCAGUUGACAACAGUUCCAACAACCAUUGGUGAAUGUACAGCAUUGAGGCAACUUGAUCUGUCCUUCAAUGCCAUAUCUGCCCUGCCAUUAGAGAUUGGUCGGCUGACAAAGAUGAAACAACUGCUUCUGAACAACAAUCGAUUGGACUCCAUCCCUGCUUCCAUUGGCACCAUGACCUUGUUGCAAGAGCUCAAUUUGUUCGAAAAUCCUCUCAAGGGUCUUCCAACAGAGUUGGGUAAUAUUCAAAAGCUCAAAACGUUGGUUGUCGACGUUAACCAGCUCCGGACAUUGCCAGCGACUAUCGGCGCUCUCGGUCAACUGAGAGAGUUACAACUCGGAGACAACAGAAUAGAAAAUCUCCCUGCUUCUAUCGGAAGCCUGACAAGUUUGAACACCCUCAUUCUGACUGACAACAAUCUCCCUGAAAUUCCAGCAGAAAUUGGAUACCUGACCAACCUGACGUUCCUCUCCCUCUCUGGCAACCCCAUCACCUCGCUUCCCCUCGAGAUUGGAGGCCUCAGCGCGCUUAGGGCGCUCAACCUCGCCAAGAACAGCCUGAUCUCGCUCCCAGUCUCCAUCGGGGACCUCGCGCUCCUGCAGGUGCUGCACCUGCACGAGAACGAGCUUGAGGCUCUUCCCGAGUCCAUCGGCGACCUGUCGGCUCUCACAGACCUCCGGCUGGAUCACAACAAUCUCACUUCGCUUCCCCCCGAGGUCGGGGUCAUGUCCUCCCUCACUGAGCUCUUGCUCGACGGCAACCAGCUCAACACGCUGCCUCUCUCCAUCGGCAGACUCACCGAGCUCCAGGUGCUCAACUUGGACGGCAAUCGCCUCUCCCUCCUCCCUCCCGAGGUCGCUGGCAUGACUGCUCUACGAGAGUUGUGGGUGCAUGACAACAAGCUGUCGGUGGUGCCCGAGGGAAUCGCAGACUUGACCAACCUCAACGUGCUGACUCUGAGCAACAACGAGCUCACUGUACUACCCGCAAACAUGACAAGGCUGGUCUCCCUCAACGAGCUGUGGAUCAAAGACAACAACCUCAAGAGCCAUCCCUUCCGCCAGGGUCUCCUCCCUAACCUCCGUGUGCUCCUUGUGGACAUGGGCGUCAAGGUAGUCUAG